AUGAGGUUCGCUACCAUUGUUGCCGCUACGGCCUUCUCAGCUGCUGUCUUCGCUUCGGAGAAGCGUGACCCGCAAGACGAUGUCGCCUCCAUCCUCGCUGCCCUCCGCGAGAACAACCCCGAUGACGCCGACGCCGCCGCGGCCGCCAUGAAGAUCAAGAUUCGCUCGGCGGAGCCCCAAGACGACAUCGCCUCCAUCCUCGAGGCCCUCGGCCAGACUAGCCCCGACGAUGCCAGCGCCGCCUCAAGCCUCAUGAACACCAAGCGUGAGGCCCAGGACGACGUUGCUUCGAUCCUUGAGGCGCUGGGCCAGACCAGCCCCGAUGAUGCGAGCGCCGCCGCGAGCCUCGCCAACACCAAGCGCGAGGCGACGCCCCAGGACGACGUCGACAGUAUCCUGGCAGCGCUCGCUGAGAACAACCCUGACGACGCGGAUGCGGCGCGUGCGAACAUCCAGAAGAGACAAGACGACGUUGCGAGCAUUCUUGCAGCUUUGGGGCAGGAGAGCCCCGAUGAUGCAGCGGCUGCUGCUUCGCUUGGCAAGCGCUGGUUGUAG